AUGGAUGGAGUUGAGAAUAUGAAUAUACGAAGGGGGCAGUUAAAAGCGUCGAUAACGCGCUUUUGGAACAGCCUACAAUCUCCAAAUGUCGAUCCAGUCGAGAUAAAAGCUCGACGAGAAAAGAUUGAAGAGGUGUGGAUAGAGUAUGAGCAACUUCAAUCUGUGAUAGAGGCGCAGAAAGAGGUCGACAUAAAUACACAGAAUGAGUAUAGGGAAAUAUUCGAGGACCUAUACUUUAAAAGUGUGGCGGCGGCGGAGAAAAUAAUUACACAAACGAAGGGCAUAGAGGAGCGCGAAAAAAGCAAAAGCGAAACGUUCUAUGAAAAAAAAGCAACCCCGGCAGUUAAGUUAGCAGCGUUAAAUGUGCCUACAUUUAACGGAAAUUAUCAUGAAUGGGCGUCAUAUUAUGAUAUAUUUUCCGUAUUAGUGGAUAAAAAUCCGGAUAUCAGUGAUAUAGAAAAAAUUUUCCAUUUGCGAGCAUCACUGUCCGGCGAAGCACUAGCGUCUAUACAAUGUUUGGAGACGACGGCGAAUAAUUAUGCGAUAGCUUGGAAAUCUCUUGUGCAGCGGUACAAUAACAAACGAGUGUUAGUACAGGCACACGUAAAGUCCAUAUACGACCUUGAAGCAAUGAGUGGCGAAUCGGCGAGUAAGCUAAGACAAUUUACGGACACGCUCAGUGGACACAUGCGGGCUUUAGAGGCGCUAGGCGAACGACCCGGGGAUUGGGGACCACUAUUAAUACAUUUAAUCGCAACAAAAAUUGAUAAAACCACAUUGAGAGAGUGGGAAUCAAAAUCGUCGCAUGAUAAGGUGCCAACGGUGUCGGAGAUUAUUCAAUUCUUGGAAUCGAAAUUCAAGGUUUUAGAAGCCAUAGAGGUCGCAAAAAACAUAAGUGUUCGAGCGCAGCGGCCUAUAGAAACCAGCGCGAAAAAUUAUUAUGAAAAAGGAAGCGCGUCGAAGUCGUUCGCGUCUACGUCAAAAUUAAAAUGUUAUGUGUGUGGAUCAGAACAUACGAUUUAUAAGUGCCCUACAUUUUGCGGUUUAGACAUAUCGGAUAGAAUAAAACGCGCAACGGAGCUUGAUUUAUGUAAAGUUUGUUUACGUAAACACGACGGUCGAAAAUGUAACGCGCGAUUUUGUUUCAAAUGUGCAAAGCCGCACAACACGCUUUUGCACUUGUCUGGAGUGGGAAAUAAAUCAACGACAAACGAACAAAUACAGGUCCAGUCGACAACAGCUGGCUUGAAUAUUGCAGGAAGGAGCGAUGAAGAGUCAAAGUCCAUAAGUGCCCACGCGUCGGUAAUAUUGGACGAUCGUAUUUUAUUGGCGACAGCGAUAAUAUUAUUGCGUGACGAGAUAGGUAAUUUGGUACCCGGACGGGUAUUACUGGACUCUGGGUCACAGAGUAAUUUAAUUACUGAAGAAAUGGUUCAAGUGCUAGGACUUAAGAAAAAACGUAUUAAUCAUAGCUUAUCGGGAAUCGGAGAUAGCGCGCAGACAGUGUCGUCGACAGUGAAUACAACGAUCAUAUCAAAUUAUAACGAGUUCACAUUAUCUACAUCGUAUUUAGUCGUAAAACGCAUAACGACAAACAUACCGUCAAGAGUGUUUAAAGGAAAUUACGUAAUUCCUAACGGUGUACAGUUGGCUGAUCCAUCAUUUCUAAAACCACAGAAAAUAGAUUUAUUAAUUGGGGCCAAUCACUUUUUCGAUUUAAUGCAAUCUGGACGACUUAAACCAAUAGCGGAGGGACCGGUGUUCCAAGAGACGUGCUUGGGAUGGGUGGUUUCGGGUCCGUUAGGACUUCCGGAAAAAUCCGAAUAUGAACACUCAUCCAGUGCGAUAUGUUUACUGACGGGUGAGACCCCGGAGACAGAUUUGGAAAGGAUAAUUGCGACAUUCUGGAGGCUCGAGGAGUAUGGAGAAAAAAAAGUGUACACUUUGGAAGAAAAGGCGUGUAAAAAUGAUUUUGAAAAAAAUGUUAAACGGAACGGCAGUGGCAGGAAAGAAUGUCGUAAAUUUAAUUUGCGCAAAGUCAAAGGUGGCGCCAUUGAAAGUCAUAUCGCUACCACGUUUGGAGUUGUGUGCCGCACUACUAUUAGCCCGGCUAGCAAGCCGAGUAAUCCCAAAAUUAAAUUUACCUAUAGUCCAGCGUCGAGUGACUCGAAGGUAACACUCGCAUGGAUAUCGUCACCAUCAACCCGAUGGAAGACCUUUGUAGUCCAUAGGGUCGGGGAGGUGCAAGAUUUGACGUUAUUUAGUGAAUGGGCACACGUAAGUACGCUGGAUAAUCCGGCAGAUCUUAUAUCACGUGGCUGUGAGGCAAAACGUAUAAAGGAAAAUGCGAUUUGGUGGCAUGGCCCCAAGUGGCUCAGCGAGGAGAGUACAGCGUGGCCAAUUGUCGAAUCGAAAGCGUAUACUGCGACAGACACAAAUAUACCCGAGGCGAAAGAUAACACCACGACGGCAGAAACGUGCAGUUUAACUUGUACAGCGAAAUGUAAUUAUCCACUUUUAUCCGAACGGUCUUCGUUAAGUAAAAUCAUACGUAUAACGGCGUAUUGUUUACGCUGGCGAAAGAAAAAAUUGAUUGUCGGCCCAUUGCAAGCAUUCGAGUUAGAAUACGCAAACCUCGCAUUGAUAAGAAUGGUGCAGCUAGAACACUUCGGCAAGGAAAUAAAAGCUUUAAGCGGAAGUACACAAGUAGCCACAACAAGCAAACUAUUUAGAUUACGACCAUAUUACGAUAAAGAAAAACUUCUACGCGUCGGCGGUCGAUUAAAAAAUGCAAUAAACCUGGACAUGCAUCAGCGAAACCCGAUAGUCCUACCCAGUGAUAGUGCGAAAGGUCCGUCAGUAAGAAUUGGGACAGUGGUAAUACUUCGGGACACCAACCUGCCUCCUUUGCAGUGGCGCUUAGGACGAGUGGUCAAGGUCGAGCCUGGUGCAGACGGUGUGAUCCGUGCAGCAUCGGUUCAAACCAGUAGCGGUGUAUGGAAAAGGGCGGUGCGCUUACUUUGUCCUUUGCCAUUUGAGGGGAAUGCGAUUUAG